AUGCGUUCGUGUAAAAUACGAGAGUUCGCGAAUUUAAUAGGUACAUUAGUGGCGGCUUGCCACGGUGUAAACUAUGGCUGGGUCUAUCUGAAGACUUUAGAGAGGGAGAAGAUAUUAGCUCUGAUUUAUAACCAAAACGAUUACGAUCAAAAGAUGGAAAUAUCAGAGCAAGUACGGACCGAUUUAAACUGGUGGAAGAGGAACAUUCAGCAAUCCGUUAGUAACAUUAGAAGUCCAAAUUUUGACUGGACUAUAUACACGGACGCUUCGAUGACUGGUUGGGGGGCUGUUCUUGGUAGUAAAAAAAUUCACGGCUUUUGGAAUAAAACAGAAAGAGAACAGCAUAUAAAUUUUCUAGAAUUAAAAGCAAUCCAACUGGCUUUGAAAAAUUUUGAAAUAGAGCUAGAAAAUUCUAAUGUUCUUCUAAAGGUGGAUAACACGACCGCCAUCUCAUACAUCAAUAAGAUGGGAGGAGUAAAAUAUCAAAAAUUUAAUCACUUAGCAAAAGAAAUUUGGAAAUGGGACGAAACUAGAGAUAUUUGGUUGUUUGCAGUACAUAUUCCAUCAGAAAAGAAUGUGAUAGCAGAUAGGCUUUCAAGAAUAAAAAAUAUAGACACAGAAUGGGAGAUCGCGGAAUUUGCAUUUGAAAAAAUAGUUAAUGUUCUCGGAUAUCCGGAUAUAGAUUUGUUCGCGUCAGAAAGAAAUAAAAAAUGUACUCGAUAUUGUACUUGGGAAAACAAUCCAAAUGCAUGGGUCGAGGCGACAUCCAAUAGCUCAGAAAAUUACACUUCUGGCAGGGAUUGUGUCAGGAGAUCGUAUUUAAAAAGAAACAUUCCGAUAGAUACAAUCGAAAUUCUUCUCGCAUCAAUAUCAGAUAAUACUUGGAAGCAGUAUAACUCGGGAUUAAAAAAAAAAUGGUGGUCUUUCUGUGCAAUCCAUAAAGAGAAUCCAUACCAAAUUUCAGCAAAUAAGCUCUUAAGAUUUUUAACUAAAAUGUUUAGUGAGGGAGCGUCCUACGGGUCCUUAAAUUCCUUUCGGUCAGCAAUAUCAUUAGUUUCACAUAAUAAUAUUGGUGAAGAUCCGAUGGUAUGUAGAUUUUUGAGGGGUGUGGCAAAUUUAAAACCUAUAGGAUCGAGAUAUGCAGCCACAUGGGAUCCAAGUAUUGUUUUGGAUAAAGUAAAAACAUGGUAUCCAGUAGAGAGUUUAAAUCUGCGAGAACUAACAGAAAAAACUAUAAUUCUGUUAGCGUUAGGUACAGCCCACAGAGCUCAGACGUUUGCCUCAAUUGAUUUAGAAAAUAUCAAUCAGACAAAGGACGGAUUGGAAAUUCAAAUACUCGAUCGACUGAAAACAUCAAGGCCAGGCAGAGCACAACCAUUAUUAAUUGUACCCUUUUUCGAUCAAAAAAGAGAAUUAUGUAUAGCCCGGACACUGUUAGAAUAUGUUAAAAGGACAGGUCCCUUAAGAGGGGAUAAAAAAAGAUUGUUCGUUGCGGUUAAUAAACCACAUCGAUCAGUAUCUACACAAACAAUCAGCCGUUGGAUAAAGUCAGUGUUAGGAAAAUGCGGUAUCGAUAUAUCUCUUUUUUCAUCUACAUUUAACCAGACAUGCAUCAACGUCUGCAGCUUACGCUAG